AUGAAGAAAUGCUAUCCCAAGCCAGCAGAGCAGCUGAACUCCUUUCUGCAGCUCAACACAAGAAAAACCAAUGACCUCUGCAGAAUGUCUGCCAAGGAACUGCACGCCUAUUGGCAAGGAGCAUCAGCCUACAAGGAGGGAGGUUGUAAGAAUCAGCCCUUCCAUGCAUGUGCUAGUGGUUACUCCUGUAAGGAAGUCGCUAGGCACAAACCUGAUAUGAGUCAAAAGUGUUUGUGGCUUGAGCUCCUUGUGGGUCUGUUCAUUGCUGGCACUCUGUCUCUGGACUGUAACUUACUGAAUGUUCACCUGAGAAGGGUCACCUGGCAAAAUCUGAGACUUCUUAGUAUGAACAAUUCAUUUCCUAUAGAAUGUCUACGAGAAAACAUAGCUUUUGAGUUGCAAGAGUUUCUACAAUAUACCCAGCCUAUGAAGAGGGAUAUGAGGAAGGCCUUCCACGAAAUGUCCCUACAGGCCUUAAACAUCUUCAGCCAACACACCUUCAAAUCCACCGAAAGAGAACACCUCAAACAAAUCCAAAUAGGACUUGAUCAGCAAGCAGAAUACCUGAACCAAUGCUGGGAGGAAGAGGAGAAUGAAAAUGAAGUCAUGAAAGAAAUGAAAGUAGAUGAGAUGAAACCCUCAGAAGCCAGGGUCCCCCACCCGAGCAAGCUGGGACUGAGGAGAUAUUUCAACAGGACAGACAAUUUCCUGAAAGAAAAGAAAUCCAGUGACUGUGCCUGGGAGAUUGUCCGAGUGGAAAUCAGAAGAUGCUUGUACUACUUUUACAAAUUCACAGCUCUACUCAGGAGUAAAUAAGGUAUAUUUUGGGAACUGAAAUUCCUGUUC